AUGCUGCCCAUCGUGCAGGAGUACAUGACCCAGUGCGCGCAGCGGCGGAUGGAGCCGUACUACGGCUUCCUCGAGCGUGCGGGGGCUGGCGAGAUAGUGGCAGACCUGGACUUUGCUCCGCAGCAGGGGGUGCGGGUGUUUGCAACAACGCUGCUGCGCUGCGGGCCACGUUCUAUCGCGGCGAAGGGACCGAAGCUGCAGGUGUUGGCACUGCGCUACGACUCGAACAAGGGCAUGCACCACCCCCCGCGGCAGUCAAGGCGCAUGCUGUCUUACUCGGUGUUGCUGGCGCAGCGACUCCCUGAGGACGUGAUCGUGGCAGUGCAAAACCGACCGCUGCUGCGCAGCCUCAUUGACGGCGUGCGUGUGGCGUGCAUGACGUACACGCGACACCUGGUACGGGUGGAGCUGUGUGGCCUGCCGCUGGAACAGGUGCGGGAGGUGACCGCCAGGCUGUUUGACGUGCUGCAGCACUGCGAGCUCCUCCGGGUACUCAAGCUGAACAAGUCGCGGCUGACAGAUCAGCUCUUUACGCGGCUCACCACGACGGCGAACACGUUUUCCGCACUACGGGAGGCACACUUCUCGGAGUGCAGCCUCACAGACGGCAGCGCCCAAGGCGUGCACUCUAUCAUUCUUCUUAAUCGUGGUAAGGAACAGAGCGCCAUCUGGCGCGCGUCGCUACGGGACGGGGGCGGGAGCCCUGCUACAGCCCCGCCGUGUGGUUUAGAGGCGCUGGACUUGUCGGGGAACUCCUUUGGGGACGCUACGCUGAGGCGGCUGGGCCUCGCCAUAGCGCAUGACGCUUCACUGCGCGUGGUUGACAUGAGCCGCAACGCUGUGACCACCUCCGGGCUGAAGGAGUUUUUGCAGCAAGGGGCGCUGCAGACGAGCGUCGUUGCGUCGCUCGACCUGUCAAAAAACCUGAUAGACACGCGGGACACGUACCUCGUCGGGGAUGGCUUUGCGUGCCAGCACACGUAUGAGGAACAGCUGCUGCUACUCCGCGUAGAACCGCGGGAGAGGCGCAGUAGGAGUGGAAGCGGGAACGGUGGGGCGGCACCCCGAGCGAGGGAGGUGCGUCGUCGCCCCAUGCCACCGACUCCAUCACUGACGACGCUGCCCGCGCCGGUGUCCGCGGUGGGGGCGCCGCUGGAAGUCAGCCAGCCUCGUCUCUCCCCCGAGGACAACAGUGACGGCGGCGGCAGGAGUGGCGGAGUCGUAGAUGCACGGCCGCGUGCCUCGAGCCUCGCCGUGGUGUGGGAUGCAGGCGAGGAUGAUGCGGAGUUUCGUUCGCAGUCGGUGGGAGAGGCUGGGGCGCCUGCGACCGCGCCUCCCCAGAGCACGCGGACCCCCUCGUCCCUGGCAUUGGGCCGCUACGGCACUGCCAGUCACCUGAAGGCGGACCACCAGGCAUCGGAGCAGCCCCGGUGCUUACAGACAGAGCCAGGGAACAGGGAGGAGGAGCGCUCACCUCCACCUCCACCUCCACCUCCACCUCCACCUUCACUUCCAUUUCCACUACCGCCGCAACAGCAGCAACAAGGUACCAUGCCUUUCUUCCCACCGCUUCUGUUCCCUUUCACUGGCGGAAGCGGUGACGAUGGCCACCACCCCCAGCUGCAGCUGCAGCACCAGUGGUGUGGUGUUCCGCUAUACGUUCCUGUUCCUGUUGCUUCUUUUGGGACCACACCGCCGCUGCCACCGCCGCCGUUGCCGCGCGUCCGUUCUACGCGGGACGCCGCUGUGGGGACGUCGCCGCAAUCGGAUACGCAACUGCACAGUUCGGCGGUCUCCUCCACACAUCGGUCUCUGGCCGCUGGCCGUGGCGGCCCCAAGUCUGACCUGGAUGGAAUGGUGCGGGAGUCAUGUGAGGGGGCAGGCGAUGACGCUACUGCCUUUGAGAAUAUGAUGCUGGAACCCUUGCAGACCGGUGCGUGGGAGGUGGCGGACUGGCGCAGGAAUGAGCAGCGUUUCUUGGAGGCGCUUAUUCUUCGAGUGGAGUCCCAUGAGACGGCGACGACUGAGGCGCUGGAACGCAACUAUCAGGCAACACGUGAUCGUCUGGACGCGGUGCAGGCGGAGUUCUCGUGGCGGCUGCAGGAGCUGCUGGAGGAGCAGCGUGCGGAGUCGCGACAGCUUCGUGGAGAGCUGCGUGAGAGGCUACCGAGCGAGCAACAGCAAGAAGAACGGGUGCUGCAGGAUCCGGAGGCCGCUAUGGCGGAGGAACUAGCGCGACUCAUACACACAGGGAUGAGACACGUUCAUGAUCAGAUGCAGAGGCCGGGCUCUGCCCCUGCCGCGGCUUCGUUUUCGCACGCGACUACCUCAGCAGCUGUGUUGGGGGACGGCCUGCAGCAGGCCACGCAGGAUUAUCUCCGUGUGGUAAAGGAGCGCCUGAGCAGUUUGGGGUGGUGA